UGGCUCAACAAACACUAUCUUUAUGCAUAAACAAAUGGUGUCGGUUUUAAACAACUACAUAUAUAUACACAUACACACACAGACGCAAUAAAUUUAUAUAUAUUUAUUGAGAAGCAUUAGGACUUAGGAGAAAGGUCAAUAAAGAAAGCUGCUAAUUAAAUGUGAUCCGUGUCAACAAAUUAAUAUUCCCCCACUUUAAUUCACAUAUCUAAUUCUUUCGUCUUUCUCUCUCUACAAUUCUCUCUCUCCUCUCAUUCUGGUCUCUGUUGUUAAGCCUUUCUUGAAUCAGUCACAGUCAACGCUCUCCUAAAACCCAUUUCUUUUAAGACAAACAACAAUUGUACAUGGAAAAUAAAAAAACACACAAACACCAUACCUAGGUGUUUUUUUUUUCUUUUUUCUUUUUUUUGUUCAUCGGAGAAAAAAUAUGAUCAUCGGAUGGCUAUACGUAGCUCUGAUAGCAGUUUCUACCGGAAUUCUCGCUCUUGUAAUUCUUCUAAUAAUCAAGAAAUGCUUCCGCCGCAAAAACCCAAGAGAUUCCGACCCGCCGGAAAGAGACCGGACUUUGCAGACCGGAAUCGCCAGGCUUCAUCAGGUCAGCCCGGCCCACAACCACCACCACCACCACCACCACCACCGGAAAGAUAACAACCCAGCCUUCAGUUGGGCCGAUCAUCCUUCAUACGUCACUGUAGCAGUCGAAAAUGGGUGGUCAAGAUUCGCCUUCGUCACAGCCUUCGCUCCUCCAUCGCCGCCGCCUUCCGCCGCCGCCGCUAGGUCCCUCCUCGGCUCGUGCGGCGGCGGCGGCGGCGAUCGUGCCGGCGGCGUCGAGACGAGUAAUAAUAAUAAUAACAACAACAUCGAGAUUGGUUGGGAAGUCUGCGAAGGAUCGGCCGAUUUCAUGCAGAAAAUCAGACUGAAUGCUCCAAACGGCGGUUCCACGGCGGGGCCCGCCGUGUCAGCGGUCCGGGCGGGCCUGCCUCUGCCCGGCCCGAAUUUGGGGAACGCGUCUUUCCCGCAAGAAGCCUACUUCGAGGUCACGAUUUUGUCGAGUAGUGAAAAUGCGUACGAUCGCGACGAGUCGGGAAAAUUGGAGGGUGAUAGAAUCAAACUCAUCGGCGAAGAUUUUAAUGCGAAGAACAGCAGCAGUGGUGAUUCUUUGGGCCAUGUUAAGAGCAGCCAUAGCCAGAGGAGCAGCACCAAGAUCGAAGAAGCUGUGUCGAAAAUUGCGAAGAAACAGGGUGUGAGGAAUGAAGGUGUUUCACUGUGUGUGGGGCUGGUCGCCGGCGGCCAUUUUCCGGUGAGAUUUCCGGGCAGUUUUCCGGGGUCUAUUGGUUUCAAUUCGAGUGGCUCGGUCUAUCUUGAUGGAACAAAGCUCGUUUCCGAAUCGGAAACAAACGAAUGGGGAGGAAAAGCCGAAAAUGUAAUCGGCUGCGGAUACAAUCCGAGCCAGAAAAAAGUAUUGUUCACGGUCAACUCACAACUAGUACACGAAAUCAGUUGCAAGAGAGACGAAUUCGCUUCUCCUCUGUAUCCUACAAUAGCAUCAUCAAACACGGCAGAUAUCACAAUAUUAAUAAAUCUCGGUCAAAGCCCUUUUCGAUUUGCACCGGCAAAUCUAACAAGAACACGAAAUCCGUGCUUUAUAGGCGGACCCUAUUCGAAUUCUCCCGCCUUAAGUUACGAAGAAGACAGUAGGGAGCUUUUCUCGAUGGGCAGGAUCGAUUCUCAUUGGCAACAAAGAAGUGCAAAUAGAAGUAACAAUAACACGGUGAAUAGUAUUAGAGAUAUCGAGUACGAUCAAGAAUCGGAGGGCGAUUUGUUCGAAAUUGUCUUGGAUAGUAGCGGAAGGUCUCCCUAUACUACUUUACAUCAAUAGUGUUUUUUUCGGAAAUUUAUUUAUUUGUGCGACGAAUUGAGGCAAAGUAUCAAUUGUUUAACUUUGUUGUGGUGCGUCUACUCAAUAUAUAUACUCAAAAAGAUUGGAUUUUUACUACCAUGAAGUUGAAAUAAUCGAGCAACGAAAUUAUACCUUAA